AUGGCGAAGCCAAGGCUUCUCAUUCUGAUCCGACAUGCCCAGUCUGAAGGAAAUAAAAAUAGGGAGAUACACCAGACCAUCCCCGACCACCGAGUGAAGUUGACACAGGAGGGAUGGCAGCAAGCAUACGAGGCUGGCCGCCGGCUGCGGGCCAUGCUCCGAGCCGACGAUACGCUACACUUCUUCACUAGUCCGUACCGUAGGACGCGCGAGACUACAGAAGGCAUCCUGGCGACCCUGACAGCGGACCAGCCCGAGCCCAGUCCUUUCAAGCGAAACAACAUCAAGGUAUACGAGGAGCCGCGCCUGCGGGAGCAGGACUUUGGCAACUUCCAACCUUGCAGUGCCGAGAUGGAGCGCAUGUGGCAGGAGCGCGCAGACUACGGCCACUUCUUCUACCGCAUCCCCAGCGGCGAGAGCGCUGCCGAUGCCUACGACCGUGUCAGCGGCUUUAACGAGAGCCUGUGGCGGCAGUUUGGCGAGGACGACUUUGCCAGCGUAUGCGUGCUCGUCACCCACGGCCUCAUGUCCCGCGUCUUCCUCAUGAAGUGGUACCACUUCAGCGUCGAAUACUUCGAGGACCUCCGGAACGUCAACCACUGCGAAUUCCUCAUCAUGCGCAAAGAGGAGAGCGGCAAGUACAUACUCGAGAAUAAUCUGCGAACGUGGUCCGAGCUACGGCGGGAGAGCGCGCUCCUGGAGGCCAAGGAGAAGGGGGAGGACAAGGACAAGGACAAGGAAGCAGCAAAGAGAAACGGAACCAGUAAGGACAGCUCCAAGCUAGUCAAGGCCCAUUCAUCUGCUGCUUCUCCCCGCGUCGAGCCCCGUCGACGAUGGGGCGGCUGCCCCAAUGGUUGCAAUCACGAUCAAACCUUCAAGAUCCGCCAGACGCUGGCUGACCUGGUGAAGAGCGACAGCAUCACCUCUAGCCACGAAACCAGCAGUGGCGCGGCAGUGACGACGGCGGGGGCGACGAACACCACUACCCCCCUCACCAUCACCACCAGCGGCGGGCACGCUAACCACGACCCCAGCAUCCCCAACCCGUCCUUCAACGGCAACGGCAACUCCACCACCAUCGCCAAGCGCCGCCCGGCCGCCCGGCGGUACCAGUCCCAGAACGGCGACGCCGAGCCGACCGAGGAAGCGGGCCCGCAGAUCGACGUGACCAAGGCCCGCGACGAGAUCGUCUCCUCGCCCGACGGCACGCCGUCCUUCAUCUCGGUCGAGGACCGGCUGCGCGCCCACGAGCGGAGCCCCCCGUUCCCGCCGCCGCAGCCGCUCCUGCACCACGUCGGCCGCGACUUUGGCGGCACGUACAGCGGCCACAACAGCGUGGCCGCCAGCGACGCCGACGCCGACACGUCCGAGGACGGCGCCGGCGCCGGCGCAGGCCGGCGCAGGCGCGUGGCCCGGCCCAAGGCGGCGGCGGUAUCGGUAUCGGGCUUCCUCGCGCCCGACAGCGACGACGCCCGUGGUAUCUCGCACCGCCACCACCCGCACCAUCACCACCACCGCGACCGGAGCGGCAUGGGCCGCGGGACCAGGGCGAACAGGCUGGGCGAUGCGCCCCACAGCAGCUGUCGCAGUAGCAGUAGCAGCAGCAGCAGCAGCAGCAGCAGCAGCAGCAGCGACGCGGAGCCGGAACCCGAGCCCGAGGCCGACGGGGAGCCCGAGCCCGAGCCCGAGCCCGAGGACGAGCUCGCCAAGCAGGAGAGGGAGGAUAGGAGCAUCCAGGGGAGCGUGUAUUGA